CAUAUACAAAGCUGAGAGAGAAAAAGAAAACAGAAUUGGGAGUAGGAGCCACGGUGGAGAAAAAAUCCCAAGUAAUCCAACCAAACCAACCUCCUGUCUCAAAAUUCAGGCCAUUUUCCCCCAUAACCCAAAUCCAUUGCCUUGUCUUCAUUAAACAUUCCUCCCCUUUUCAUGCUCCACCCUUUGCCCCUUCUCUAAUCAACUUUAUUAUUAUACUUAUAUAUUGAAUUAAGCAAAUAUAAACUAUAAAGCCUAAAAGGCCACGUUCACUCUUCUGGUAUACAAAACUAUCCUGCCACCAAAUAUAUAUAUAUAUAUAUAUGCCUCAGUUCUUGUGCCUGACCAUGUUCAUUUGCUUCCUUCAUAUUGCAGUUAACCUUUCUUGGUUUUAGGGACUGUAAUUGUAUAUAUAUACUUUGCCCUUAAUCCCACACACUCCCAAGCUCCGAUUUGAGCUUUUUUUUUUCUUUUUUCUUUUUUCUUUUACUUUUUUUUAUUAGUCAUGGCUGAGUUUCACUCCGUGCAAUGCAACUGUGGAGUCAAGGCCUCUACAAAGAGAAAGCGAAAUGGAUUUUCCACCAAGUGUGCUUCAUUGGUUAAGCAGCAACGUGCUCGACUCUACAUCUUGCGCCGAUGUGCCACUAUGCUCCUUUGUUGGUACAUACAUGGCGACGAUUAGCUAGCAAGCAAAACCGAACCAUCAACUACAGGCUUCAUCGAUCAAAGCUUAACCUGUGUUUGGUUCCAUGGGGGCUACAGUGUGGCACAAUUUUGCUCAUAGUUUCCUUUCUAUUUUUUUUUCUUUUUGACCUAAUGGGAGUGAUCCCAUUGGGGUUUUAAAAGGAACAUAUGAGCAAAAGUUUAUGGCUGCACUCUUGCUUUUUCACCAAAGCUGACGUUAAGCAUGAUUUUCAUGGAGUUUGGUGUAUGUCAUAAAAUAGUUGUUUGCUUGUUGACAACUUGACAUCAUAAGGUUAAAUGGCAAACUUUGUAUUUGGGUUUUUCUUUUUUUUUUUUCCCUUCACUUACCUAACCAUCAAAUGCCUUUUUGGGUAAUCGUCGAAGUGCUAUGAAGCAAAUAAAAAUCCUUGGAGGAAUCACUUCUUACAGUUGUA